AUGCAGUGGGUCCCGCCGGUUGGGCUAGCUCCACCCAUGGCGGCGCCUGUGAAUCCGAUGAGCCCACAGAUGUGCCGCCACCACGUGCGGCUGACGCGCUCGCCCAGCCCGACGCGCACCGUUGUGGGCCCAAUGGCACCGUCAAUGGUUUCGCCCAUGGCGCAGCAGCCCAUGAUACACUAUGGAGGACGAGCCACGCCGCAGCCAAUGCCUGGGAUGGCUUUCAAGCCUGCCCCAGCGGCUGUGCCGGUCGCGAUGACGGCCACGCAGAGGUAUUUCCCCAGCGUGUCUGUCAGCCCCACGGGCGCCGGCUAUCCGACCGGCCCAGCGGCCGGGGCUCAGAUGCCACGAUUGUUGAGGUCCGAGGACGGCGCUGCACCAGCAUGGAAGGACAUGCAGCAGCGCCUGGGUCGAACAGCUUCCUCCGUGGCCACGACGGUACCACCAGGAUCUCCUCCUGCCGAACAUGCAGCCUCUUCGUUGCUUGCGGUCUCCGCGUGCCAAAGCCCAACGCCAUCUCAGCAGCCGGCAAGAUUGGUGAAACCCACCCACCUGCUGGAUGUGAAGGUCGGCGAGUCGCCUUCGCCUACACCUCCAGUGCCCGGCUCGCCAGUGGAGCUCCCCUGGACCCGGUUGGCCUCGGGCACGCUGGAACAAGGACUCGCGGAUGAAGUCAAAGCCGACCUUCGUAGAAGCAGAGCUGAAAGUAAAGCCGAAGAUGUUCGAAGCAUGGGUGGGGAAGCCAGAGGCAGCGCAACCCCCCAAGGCGAGCUGAAAGCCGAUGCGAGAACACUCGGCCAAGAAAAGAAAGCAGAUACCAUUGCAAGCCAGGAGAAGAAAGCCGAUGCCAGACGUGCGGGUGAGGAAACGAAGGCUGAUGCCAGAAGAGCAGGUGAGGAGAGGAAAGCGGAGAAAGCAGAGACUCUUAGAGCAGACAGAAGCGACGAGCGGCGAGCGGAGCUUAGAGGAAGAGGAGACGAGCGCCACGAAGUGCGGGUGAGAGGUGAUGACGUGAGAGCAGCCGCGAGAGGAAGAGGGGAAGAUGCAAAGCAGGGCAUCAAGGGCAGAGGAGCCUUGACGUGCAUGGGAUCGGAUGGGCAAAUCUGCUGCAUGGCACCUUGCACCAAUCUUGCAUGGGAUCCGACAGGAGAGGAGGGGAAGGUUGGCGAAACCAGAAUCAGGGGCACCUGCCCCAGCUGCCGCGUUCAUGAGAGCAUUCCCACGGACAUGACCACCAUCCCUCAUCCCAUGUUAUCCAAUCUGCUGCUCCGUAAGGUGAGGAGGGAAAGGCCGGACGUGGAAGAGGCAGCUGCUUUGGAGCAGACCGAGACUCACUGGCAAGCAGUACCCCUUAUCUAUCCUUGUCUCCAGGAGGGGAAGAGAUGA